GCUCCUGCCAGCAACUUCCUGUCCUGUGUCAGCCUGAUUUUGUUCUCUUUGACCACGGCACCCAUCAAACAGACCGAGACCUUUACACACCAAGAUCCUUACAGGGAAAGCAGAAAGAGGUGUGCUGUCUCAAUAGUCACUGACACUAAACAUUUUGACAGUGAAGAAAGUCUGAUGGAGCUGUCUGUUAAGGCAGCUGGGACUUGGCUGUAAUCUAGAAGACAUGUGGUGAGUGCCGGGGCAAGUCAUUGAGCCAUAACGCUUGCUGAAUUGUGGUGCCUCCAAUGGCUGAGCUGAAGAUCCCUCUUAUUUGCCGGGUGCCAAGAACUAUGAACAGACAGGGCAAUAGAAGGACAACAAAAGAAGGACCCAGUGAUUUGAAAGUCCAGAACGUCUCUCUGCUGAAAAACAAGUCAUGGCCUCGAAUCAAUAGUGCCACAGGCCGGUACCAGACUAUCAAUGAGCCUCUUCUGGAUUGCGAAAGGAACUCCGCUGCAGUCCUGGAUGAAGCAGAACGCCACAGGGAUGACGAUUAUGAAGACCCCGAGCUUCCUGUGGCAGAGGCGUGGCGAUCGAUGAAAAUCCUACCAGCCAGGCCUAUAAAGGAAUCUGAAUAUGCGGAUACGCGCUAUUUCAAGACUAAGGUGGACCCUCCCCUUUCCUUCAAUGUCAAGACUUCUAUCCCUACGGAGAGGCCAACCUGGAACACGUGGAUGAGGCUGGAAGAAGUGGACAAAUCCACGCCGAAGGACAUCAGAAGCCAACACAUCAAAGGAAACAAACCCACCAAAGGGAACAAGACUCCUUUACCAACUCCUCGGCCACCUGUCUCUCUUCCAAAGAAGUACCAGCCCUUGCCCCCCGAGCCGGAGAGCAGCAGGCCAGCGUCCCCUCAGAGGCAUACCUUACCCGAAGUGCAGAGAGGGGCCAGACAGAUAAGCUUAAAGAACUUGGGUGAGGUCCUUGGAACAGAGAAAGCACCUCAUCAUCCCAUGAAGCCCGAAUCAUCUCACCUGUCAAAAAAUCAGAGUGCUCCCGAGAUCCCUCUUGCCGUUGCCAGCUCUUCAUUCACGAUGAGCACCCACAGCCUGCGAAACAGAGAUCAUAAAGAAAGCACGCAGUCCUACUCUCCUCAGGGAUGUCAGUCUCCAGCCAGCUACAGCCCUCAGGAAAAUUCCCUUCACUAUAAAAACACCGGCUGGAGAAAACCUUACCCCACAAGGUCUGAGGAAAAGGACGUCCAGCACAAAGAAUGGUACAUCGGAGAGUACAGUCGCCAGGCAGUAGAACAGGCGUUAAUGAAGGAGAACAAGGAUGGCACUUUCUUGGUCCGAGACUGCUCCACGAAAUCCCAGGCUGAACCCUACGUUUUGGUGGUGUUUUAUGGAAACAAAGUCUACAACGUGAAAAUCCGCUUCCUGGAGAGGAACCGGCAGUUUGCCCUGGGGACAGGACUCAGAGGAGAUGAAAAGUUUGAUUCAGUGGAAGACAUCAUUGAACACUACAAGUAUUUUCCAAUUAUACUAAUUGACGGGAAAGAUAAAACUGGGGUUCGCAGGGAACAAUGCUACCUGACUCAGCCACUCGCUCUCAACAGACACUUCUCACCUUGGUAGCUUGGUCUUUGUUGCCUCUUCAGCUCAGUGGACUCAAUGCCUCUGUUAUUUGCCAUUUAUUUUAAAAGAUUAUUUUCUGUGGAUUUAAAGGCAUUUCUUCAUAAAAAAAGAAAAAAUUCUAUAGUGGAAAUUGGAAAAUCAAUCAUGGUUUUGAAAGCUCAAGCCACAAAAGAAAUAUUUAUAAGAUGCCAAAAUAAAACCUAGCUUUUAAAAAAACAUCUUCUAAAGACAAAAUUAUAAAGAUAGUCCUUCUACUCCUGUUACAACUGACCAACACAUGUUACAAAAAUUGCUUCAAUGUUUGCGGCUAACACAUGACAAGUCAAGGUGAGAUUCGCAAAUCUACUCGUGUGCUCUUUUAUAGGACCUGGUGUCCUUAAACAGUUAUUUCAGAACUGUUUGGACAUGAAUAUUUAUUGUGUUUUCAUGAUUCCUUAUGCCAAAGGUGUUGGCAAAUGUUAGCUCUAUUUAAUUUGGUAUCCUGGAAAUUCAAUUAUAGGAAAGGAAUGUGGUAUAGAAAAAAAGAGCACUUGUGAAUAUCACUUUAAAGACAGAAAUCAGAAAUGCUUUUCCUAUGGAGUGAAAUGGCCAGUCUCCAGGAUAUUCUGUUUAGAGUGGCUUUAAGGCAAAUAGGAUUAGCAGGCUCAUAUAGUAAGAAAGUUAGCUAAAUCGGAAUAAAAGUAUAGUUUUAAAAAUUAAAGUUGUGGAUUUCCAUUCAAAGGAAAAAGACUGCUCUCAACUUAGUGCUGUUUUGCACACGUCAUAUGGUCCCACUCAAGACUAAGAGGAUCGAAUUAUAUUCCUGUUUCACAAUACAGAUGAGGAAAGAGGCUCAAAAAAGUUAAUGAUCUUACUCAGUAUAAGAAGAGAGCCCGGAUUUUUAUCCAUUUUGCCUGACUCGUUCUGAGCACAUUGUCCCAGGUAUAUUCCUUGUGCUAUGAAAUGUUGCAAUCGAGUUGAAAAGAUAAAUUACAGAGAGGAAGGGAGAGAGGUAGGGGGAGGGAGACAGAGAGA